AUGACCCCUACUAGAUAUAUCGCUACGAUCUACUCUCGACCUACUGCUGCUCCCACUGAGGGUUUACUUCUCACCUCCAAUAAUACCACUAUGGUCCGAACUCGAAAUAAAGAUUUACUCCACCGAAUUCCUGUUCAAUUUACUCCAUUCCCCCUUGGAUUGGUCUCCCCAGUCGAAAUGCAAUAUAACUCAUUCGACAUUACCCAAGUAUGCGGAAUGGCCCAUUCCCUCUCUCGUGGGUACCUCCAACCCCCAAAAUAUGGUGGGUUUUAUCCUCGACCUGAACCAUUCUCACAAUGGGGUAAUACCGCGAUUUUCUGUGGUGGUAUCAAUACCAAGAUCCAUCAUGGGAUUCUCAAGAGGGUCUUCGGUGUGGUUGGAGAAAUAGAUUGGAUCCAAACCCUCCAUGAUGGGUCGUCCGCCAUGAUAAAGUUUCGUUAUCCUCUUGAUGCCGAGAGAGCUCUAUGGAGUUUACAAGGGUUGGUCGUAGAUAGAAGGGAAUUAAGGUUGAACUACGGUAACCCCAAGAUUCGGCAUGUACCUGCCACACCUCCACCUUCACCUGCCUCAGUCAUCUAUGCGUAUCGAUAUGGUAACGAUGGCGAGGAGAUGAUCGAUUCCAAUGGUGAUAGUACCGACAGAGAAACCGAAGGAUCUACCAGUGGCGGAGGAUCACCCUAUCGAUACCUGGCUGAACUUUCACCGGAGUUCGAUGAGGUAGUAUCUGCCAAGUGGAUCUCUCGAGAAUGUCCAUUUGGUGCUAUCGAGCAACCAUCUCUUUGA